AUGCCAUCUCUGCUUGUUGCCUGCUCAACGAAGCAAGCGGGUGCAUGGCUCGCAGAACCCGACCGGACCAUCUCUUUGAGGUACUCGAACACGAAAGCACACAUCAGUGAAGAUCCCGCCGUUGUAUGGGGUGGAUACCACGCAAAAAAUCGACUUUGGACAUUGACAUUGCACCGGCCGAGUAGCUGGUCGACAUGGGAAGCAGUGGUAGAGGAUAGGACCACAAAUGAACGUUCGUCAUCGUCUUCCUGGCUUGGCAAGACUCAAAGCGACAUGCCUCAUCAACGAAAUUAA